AUGUCCCCAUUCCUCUUCAACUUCGCAAUCAAAGACGUUCUGUCGAAUGCUCUAGAAGGUUUCCAACAUUUUGGCCCAGAGCUUCUACCGGGUGAGCGCGCGACCGACUUAGAUUAUGCUGAUGAUAUCGCCUUACUUGGUGAUGAUCCUCAGAGUAUGCAACUCAUUCCGGAUCGUUUGGGGGUUGAAGCAUCUAAAUAUGGCCUGAGCUUCGCCCCAUCGAAGUGUAAAAUACUGCUCAAGGAUUGGCUUUAA